AUACUUGCUACGGAAUAGUCAAGAUGGAUAGUGUUCAAGGCCAAUAUAUGCGUAUCAAUCAUAUGUUAAUGUGUCUCAUCGGUCAGUGGCCAUAUCAGGAGACUUGGGAAAAAUUUUUGAUCCAGACCGUCUUCGUGCCUGCGGUUUUCUCUCAGGCAGUUAUUCAGGGCGGCGGCAUGAUCACCGCAUGGUUCGCAAAUGAUAUCGACGCGUUUAUGGAAAGUUCGUCGCCUUUUGUAAUUAGUUUAAUGUGCAUUUGUAAACACAUUAAUUAUACAUACAAUCAUGGGCAGAUGAAGAAACUCACAAUUGUAAUGGCGGAAGAUUGGAAUAUUUUUUCAAAGUACAGCUACGAGUACGAUAUCCUGUGUAAAAGUUACGCGAUGGGCAGAAAAGUCACGAUUGCUUACGCAGUCUCCCUGUAUGGCUCAAUGACUCCCUUUCUGGUUGUACCGGUGUUAAUAAACACAGCCAGUUAUAUGGGUCUGUAUAACAUUUCCGACGGUAGACCCUUGAUGUUCCGCACGGAAUACUUUAUAGAUUCGCAGAAGUAUUACUAUUCGUUGCUGGUGCACUCGUACAUCGGCACCCUCGGAUUCGUCACGAUCGUCGUAGCGAUCGACUCGAUGUUGGUGUUUCACAUACAACACGAGUGCGGGCUGUGCGAGAUCUUAGGAUACCGACUAGCACGGAUUAUUGAUACAGCCACUUUAGAUAUAAAUUUGUCUCCGGAAAAUAGAGAAGAGGCUGCAUCGUACAGAAAUGCGAAGAAUUGUGUAAUCAUGCACAACCACAUAAUAGAGUACGCUAAACAUCUCGAAAAUGCGAAUACGACAUCGUAUUUUUUUCAACUAGGUUUCAAUAUGAUGGGCAUGACUUUCACAAUAUUCCAGGCAGUGGUAAAGCUAACCGAUCCAAAGGAGGCUCUGCGAUUCGCGUCGUUCACGGUGUGCUUGUUUUCCGUUCUUUUUCUCGAAAGCUGGCCGGGUCAGCAACUAUCGGACUACACCGAUAAAAUUUUUGCAUACACGACCGACGGAAAAUGGUAUCAAUCUUCGCUGAGAGUGAAGAAGGUGAUCGCCAUUAUGCUAAUGAGGAGUUAUGUGCCGAUUAAGAUAACUGCGGGCAAGCUGUAUACUCUAAACUUGAAGAACUUUGCUGCAGUCGUGCGCACGUCGUUCUCUUACUUCACCGUUCUCUGUUCUAUGCAGUGA